AUGCCUAAGGGUCGUCGUCUAUCUUCAACAGAACAAAGCCAUAUUCUAUCGCUUCCUCAAGCAGGCCAUAGCAACAAGGCCAUCGCGGGACAAUUCGACCGAUCCAGACGCUGCAUCGACGGUUUCGUGAGGAAUCCUGCGGCAUACGGUCAAGCACACGGAGGAGGACGUCCACUCAAAUUGACACGAGCCGACCACAGACUGAUCGCUAGAUUGGCUUCCAAUUCAACCAUGAGUGCCAAUCAGAUUCGUCCACGACUUUCACUAAAUGUGUCGACUUCCACUGUAUUGCGAGCUAUUCGUCGUCAAAUAUUCUNAUCUUCAACAGAACAAAGCCAUAUUCUAUCGCUUCCUCAAGCAGGCCAUAGCAACAAGGCCAUCGCGGGACAAUUCGACCGAUCCAGACGCUGCAUCGACGGUUUCGUGAGGAAUCCUGCGGCAUACGGUCAAGCACACGGAGGAGGACGUCCACUCAAAUUGACACGAGCCGACCACAGACUGAUCGCUAGAUUGGCUUCCAAUUCAACCAUGAGUGCCAAUCAGAUUCGUCCACGACUUUCACUAAAUGUGUCGACUUCCACUGUAUUGCGAGCUAUUCGUCGUCAAAUAUUCUUGAGGAGGGAGAGUAUGAAGCCAGCUCCCCGUCUGACCAGGAGCCAUCGCGAAUCCCGACUCGGGUGGAACACGGCGAUUCUGGAACGUAUCAAUGCGUUGCUACGAAUAUGGUUGGAGAACGAGUGUCAAGUCCUGCCCGUCUGA